AAAGAAAGCAAGAAGAAAGAGGUUUCAAGUUUCGAUUCAAUGCGUGUUUUCCGCGUUGAUUCUUAUUCCAAAAAGUCGUCAACCUUGUGUUAUAAACUGCAACACCUAACAUGGGUCGCCAUUGAAACUCCCUCUCUCACCCUGAAAAGUUUCCACUCGUGUUCUUGAUUCUCCCUCUCUCCGGACCAAUGCCUGGGGCAUUUGUCAACGGUGGAAUGCCCUUCACCGGCAAAAACAGAGCAAAAUUCUUGCUUUUCUCCUUGUUUUUCGUGUCAUCGUCUCUGUUUUCGUAUUCUCGCGCAGCAAAUUCGAUCUCGCGAGGGCAGUUUGUCAGAGACGGCGAGACUCUGAUUUCUUCUUCUGGGAAUUUCGAACUGGGGUUCUUUAGCCCUGCGAAUUCCUCUCUUAGAUAUGUUGGUAUUUGGUACCACGUAAGUGUUAAGACAGUUGUCUGGGUCGCGAACAGAGAUAGCCCUGUUUCUGGUGAAUCUGGAGUUAUGACAGUUUCAAAUGAUGGAAAUUUGAUGGUUUUAGACGGUAAUAAUGGCACAGUUUGGUCUAGUAGCAUUGACUCCUCCUCUGUGCCCACCAACUCGACAGCUGUUUUGAUGGAUACCGGAAAUCUGGUUCUUUUGGCCAGUGCAGAGGCUGACUCCGCUAGUGCUGGUGGUGACGUCAGCAAUUCAAAUUGGCAAAGCUUCGACCACCCGACGGACACGUACUUGCCCGGCAUGAGAGUGAGGGUGAAUUCCACUGAUGGAGAGAACCGUGCCUUCAGGUCGUGGAAAUCGUCGGACGACCCUUCCCCUGGGAACUUCUCUAUGGGCGUUGAUCCCCGGUUGCCACCACAGAUAGUGAUCUGGGGCCAGUCGGGCCGGGAAUGGAGGAGCGGGCAUUGGAAUGGGCAGAUUUUCACCGGCGUGCCAAAUAUGACCCGCAGUUAUCUGUUUGGGUUCCGGCUCUGGAGCAUCCAGGCAGACGGAAGCAGGUAUUUUACGUACACGCCGUUGAAUAGCUCCAAUCUCUUGAUGUUCCGUAUACUUUGGAACGGGACGGAAGAGCAGUUGCUCUGGGAUGGGACUAGUAAUGCAUGGACCAUGCUUCAAGAACAGCCUGCUAAGGAAUGUGACUUGUAUAAUAAGUGUGGAGAUUUUGCAAUAUGUAAUGAAAUGGACUCUCCCAAAUGUAGUUGCAUGGAAGGGUUCAGUCCGAAGUCACCAGAUCAAUGGAACAGGGGCAACUGGUCCGCAGGUUGUGCUCGGAAGACCCAAUUACAGUGUCAGGACAACAGCAGCAGGAUGGAUGGCUUCUUGAAAUUGGAUGGCGUGAAGUUGCCAGAUUUCGCGGAUUCUGUUUCAGCCACAAUCAGGGACGGGUGUGAGGCGAAGUGUCUGGAGAAUUGUUCGUGCAACGCUUUUGCAUUUGAUGUAGGCAUCGGGUGCAUGCUGUGGACCGAGAAUUUGAUAGAUGUGCAGCAAUUUGACAAGGGCGGACUGACCCUCCAAAUUCGUCUUGCCAAUUCUGAAUUACGAACAAAGAGCAAAAUAUCGAAACUUUUCAUAAUAAUUACUGUCUUGGUCGGAGCAUUUGUUCUUGGUGUACUGGUAUGGUUGUUAUGGAGGUUCAAGGACAAUUUAAAAGGAUUCUCGAUUUUCUAUCGGAAAAACAAGAAACUUCCAUUGCUUGAUAAUUUUGUUAAGAACGAAGAGCUAUCUGCUGAAUUAUCCGGACCAGAUGGUCUUGCUAGAGAUGCUAAGCAAGUAGGAGGAGCUGAUAUAACAGUGUUCAACUUCAGUUCCAUAGAAGCUGCUACAAACUUCUUUUCUGAAGAAAACAAACUUGGACUGGGAGGAUUUGGUCCUGUUUACAAGGUAAAGCUAAAUGAUGGACAAGAAAUAGCCGUUAAGAGGCUUUCAAGGAAGUCGAGCCAAGGACUAGAUGAAUUUAAGAAUGAGGUUAUGUUAAUUGCGAAAUUACAACAUAGAAAUCUCGUGAGACUCCUUGGAUUUUGCGUUCAAGAGGAAGAUAAGAUGCUUAUUUACGAGUACAUGCCCAACAAGAGCUUGGAUUCUUUUAUUUUCAAUCCAGCAAAGCGAGCGAAACUGGAUUGGAAGAAACGUUUUGAGAUUAUUGAAGGGAUAGCACGAGGCCUCCUCUAUCUCCAUCGAGACUCUAGACUGAGGAUUAUCCAUCGUGACCUAAAAGCUAGUAACAUUUUGUUGGAUGAAGAGAUGAACCCGAAAAUAUCAGACUUUGGCAUGGCGAGAAUUUUUGGUACAAAUGAAAAUGAAGCAAGCACCAAUCGAGUGGUUGGCACAUAUGGUUACAUGUCUCCAGAGUAUGCGAUGGAAGGUCUAUUUUCGGUCAAAUCUGAUGUGUACAGCUUUGGGGUAUUAUUAUUGGAGAUUGUUAGUGGCAAGAAAAACCUUGGCUUUCGCACGCUGGAACAUCCUAACCUUAUCGUCAAUGCUUGGCACCAUUUGAAAGAAGGAAAGGGAAUGGAGCUUAUUGAUCCCUGUAUCAGGGACACGUGCUCUACGGAUAAGGUAUUGCGAUGCAUACAAGUUGGACUGCUGUGCGUGCAGGACUCCGCUGUAGAUAGACCGGCCAUGCCUUCCGUUAUGCUACUAUUAGAAAGCAAAACAGCAGAUCUUCCCUUCCCGAAACUACCCAGGUCAACCUCGAUCACGGGCUCCAUGGAUACUUGCUCUUUGUCUGAAAGCCAAGAAAUUGAGUCAUUGAACGGCGUAACAGUUAGCUCCGUGGAUGGUAGAUAGGGCGAAUGUGAUUCAUUCUUGUUUUCUCUUCACUUUGCUCCUGUGAUCUUUACAACAGGAUAAGUAUUAUUGGAACUGUGCACAUGUACUUUUGCUAAAAGGCUUAGAACUUGACUCCCUGGUCUUGAUAUGAAAGUGUCUUUAUUGCUUUU